UGUCUGAUGAAGUCUGAUUUUGGUCAGACGAAACGUUACAGAAAUAUAUUUGUCUUUGUGUGCAGCAGGACUCUUGAAUUGCAUGCUAUUAAUUAUUGUUAGUUAUAUUUAGGUGUUCUAAAGACUGUUAAUUCGAAUUUGUGUUGAACGCAAAAUGACUCUCCCACUCCCUGGCGUCGGAGUUUUUGGGACUGGAUUAUCAGCGAAAGCGUUUAUCAUCAUGCUACGGUCUGCUGGAUUCAGCAUCGAAGCAUUAUGGGGCCGAACAGAAGACGAGGCCGCUGAAUUAGCGGAAAGAAUGCAGAUCCCGUUUUUCACGAAUCGUAUCGAUGAACUUUUACUUCACCAAAGAGUCGACUUGGUCUGUAUCAACAGUCCGCCAUUUCUUCACUCACAAAUUGCCGUUAAAACUCUCGGAAUCGGCAAAAAUGUUCUAUGUGAACGACCAGCUGGGUUGGGAUAUUCAGACACUGCAAGAAUGAUUAAUGCUGCACGUUACUACCCUUCCCUCAUGUCCUUAUUAGGGUACAAUUUGCGUUUUUUACCAACAUUUCAAAAAAUGAGGCGUUUAAUUUCAGAGCGCUUUCUUGAGGAUAUUUUAGUGUUCGAAGUCCGCGUACAUUGUGGAAUUAUCUUUAAUGAGAACUACAGCUGGUCAAAUGAUGAACGCAUGGGUGGGGGGAUGCUGGCCGCAUUCGGAAGCCAUUUUCUUGACGUAUUAAGUUUUGUAUCUGGACAGCGAGCAACAAAAGUCCACGGAUUUCUGACAACAUUUCAAAAAAAGAACUCAAAAAUUAAUGGUUUUCGUGAGAUAACCAGUGAUGAUUUCUGCACUUUUCAAAUGAAAAUGGACAAAAACGCAUAUUGUACCUGCGUUUUAAACAAUAACAUUCCUGGCAAAUUUUGCUACGAGGUUUUAGCUAUCGGUACAGAAGGUCGUCUCUCUGCAAAGGAUGGAUUUUUAUACGGGCGGAAGACCUCUGACGCUGAUAACAAAGAGGUGCUUUUGGACGAGGACGCCAUUGAACUUCCCUCGGAAGUGGAUGAAUUCCUUCCCCCAGAAAUGAAAGAUCAGCAUCCAACUCCUCUAUUAAAGGGAAUGCUUAAGUUCACAGAAGCUCUUCGAGACUCGUUCUGUAAGUUUGAAGAUCGCAGAAAAUGGGAUCAUGACAUUCUCCAAUCAGCAUCCACGUUUGAAGACGCUCUCUACGUUCAAACAGUUCUGGAUUCGAUCAGAAAAUCAAGCAAAAGCUGUGAUUGGGAACAGGUACCAUUGUACGAUUCAUCUAACAUCAGCUGAUUUCUGCAUAGCAAAGAGAAAGUCUCUGGAACAAAUAUUUAUCAAUUUCAUAAUAAGCAGUAACGGAUAAGCAUAAUCAUGCAGUAAUUAAAUAUUAUGGAGUAUGACUUUAUAUCAGUGUUUUGGGCUGAGCUGAUUUAUUGUUUAUGCUAAAAUAUCUAAAGUUUCAGGGCACUUCAGAAGUUUGUGUACCGAUAUGGAGGUAACCUAUUUUACAUCAAGUUGUGUGAAGGGACCGAAACCUAUGGGCGGGGGUAUACUCACUUGGCUAACACAGACAGCCCCCGAAUUCGUAAUAGAAC